CAAUACAAUUAUACAAAGACUAAUAACCACCAACUCGAUCACUCACAAAAAACAAAUAUUUCAAUCACCAACUUGCUUAUAUAAUAUAUAAGCAAGUUGGUCAUUAAUCUCAUACUAAAUCCACUAGAGCCAACACUAUAUAAGAGGGCAAUAGGCACUUCAUUUUUCAUGCACACACAAAGAGCUAGAGUCAAUCAACACACACUACACACAGUAGUCUAUACUCUUAUACUUUGUCUUGUGAGUUUUGCUUUUUAACCAUUUACCACCAUGAAGGUUGAAGUGAUCUCUAGAGAUGCCAUUAAACCUUCUUCUCCCACCCCUGACCACCUUAGCAAGCUGCAGCUCUCUUUUUGUGAUCAAAUCGCCGCCCCGGUGUUCAUGCCCAUUGUUCUAUUCUACCCCUCUGACUCUGAAACCGGACACCGCCAUAUAAACAGAUCUCACCACCUCAAGCAGUCGUUAUCGGAGGCUUUAACCCGGUUCUACCCUCUUGCGGGGAGAGCCAAAGAUAACGCCUUCAUCCACUGCAACGACGAGGGUGUCCUCUACUUGGAGGCCAAAGUCAAGUGCCAACUUUCUGAUGUCAUUGAUCAACCAAACCCUAGUGACCUUAACAAGCUGCUUCCUUGUAAACUGGACAAUAUUGGAGAGCUAGUCCUGGCCAUUCAAGUGAACAUCUUCGAGUGUGGUGGGCUCGCUAUUGGUGUGUGCAUUUCACACAAGAUCGCGGACGCUUUGUCCAUGUUCAUGUUUGUCAAUGGCUGGGCUGGCACUGCUCGUGGGGAUAGUGAUAUGGUCACUCCCCAUUUCGGGUUGGCCAAGCUCUUCCCUCCAAGAGAAAUGUCUGGAUUCAAGGCUGGCAUUGGGAUCUUCAAGGAGGAGAUUGUGACAAAGAGGUUCAUUUUCAGUGCCUCCAAGAUUGCUUCUCUAAGAGCAAAAUACACAGACAACACAAGUGUAGAAAACUCCAGACGCCCUACUCGUAUUGAGGCCUUGUCAACCUUCAUAUGGAGCCGUUUUGUGGCCAGCACACAAACCAAAGAAGAGACCGAGAAGCUCAACACCGUGCUCCACGCGGUGAACCUACGCACGAGGAUGGACCCUCCUUUGCCAGAGUACUAUUUUGGCAACGUUAGCAGCUUCGCGAUCGCGGUGCCAUCCAUGGACUCCAAGGAAGAAUGUUACGGGGUUGUGAGCAGUGUGCGAGAUGCUAUCAAGAACAUCAAUGGUGAGUUCGUGAAGAAACUUCAAGAGGGUGAUGACUUCUUGAAUUUCAUAAAGAAUAGGGCUAAGUCGGUCAAAAAAGAGGAGGUGGUUUCGGUUAGCUUCACCAGUUUGUGCAGGUUUCCUCUCUAUGAAGCUGAUUUCGGGUGGGGAAAGCCUGUGUGGGUUGGGUCAGCUAGCUUGACAUUCAAGAAUUUGGUUGUGUUCAUGGACACCAAAUUGGGUGAUGGAAUUGAGGUAUGGGUCAACUUGAAGGAAGAGGACAUGCCUAAAUUUGAGAGUGACAAGGAAUUACUCAAAUAUGUUUCACCAAUUGCAGACGAUAAAAGUUCUGGUUUUCAGCUUCUGGUUUAGAUGACAACUAUACAUAUAAGUUGUGGUUUAAUUGUUCAGUUAAUUUUAUUUCAAGUUUUUUAUACUAAAUUCAAUUAAAAUGGUGUAAUAAUGAUCUAUUUGAUCUCUGCAAGUGUGUAUUUUAUCUGCUCUCUCUAGUAAGAAAUAUGUUUGGCCUUUUGGAAA